AUGUCCAGAAGAGCGGACAGUUUUGGCUGGUUGGUAGACCGUUACAAGUUCAGCGAGGUAGGCCGGGGCCAGACUAUUGAUGGCCUUGAACACAAACAGCAGGACCUUAUACUCCACCCUGAACCGCACCGGAAGCCAAUGAAGCGACCGGAGGACAGGGGUGAUGUGCCUCCUAUUCUGCUGGACAAACAGUUUUCUGAUUUCACCCCUGACAUAACACCGAUUAUUCUGGCUGCUCACACCAACAACUAUGAGAUCAUUAAGCUUCUGGUGCAAAAGGGCGUCUCUGUGCCCCAGCCACAUGAGGUGCGCUGCAACUGUGUGGAGUGUGUAUCUGGCUCUGAUGUGGAUAGUCUACGCCACUCACGCUCUCGUCUUAACAUUUACCGUGCACUGUCAAGCCCAUCACUGAUCGCCUUGUCCAGUGAGGACCCAUUCCUCACAGCUUUCCGCCUCAGCUGGGAGCUGCAGGAGCUAAGCAAGGUGGAGAACGAGUUUAAGGCAGAAUACGAGGAGUUAUCGCACCAGUGCAAACAAUUUGCCAAGGACCUGCUGGACCAGACACGCAGCUCCCGGGAACUGGAGCUCAUACUCAAUUACAGAGACGACAUUAAUCUGCUGGAGGAUGAGGGCAACAACAGUGAUCUUGCCAGGCUCAAACUGGCCAUCAAAUACCAUCAGAAGGAGUUUGUAGCACAGCCAAACUGUCAGCAGCUCCUAGCAUCCCGCUGGUAUGACGAGUUUCCAGGUUGGAGGAGGCGCCACUGGGCCGGCAAGCUCGUCACAUGUAUUUUUAUCGGCCUCCUGUUCCCUCUCUUCUCCAUCUUCUAUCUCAUAGCUCCCAAGAGUCACUAUGGCCUUUUUAUCCGUAAACCCUUCAUCAAGUUCAUCUGCCACACUGCUUCUUACCUGACCUUCCUCUUCCUCCUUCUUCUGGCCUCCCAGCAUGUUGUCACCACUGAGUCGGAUCGGCAGGGUCCCGCUCCCACCACAGUAGAAUGGAUGAUACUGCCAUGGGUGCUCGGUUUUAUCUGGGCUGAGAUCAAACAGAUGUGGGAUGGCGGCUUUCAAGAUUAUAUACACGAUUGGUGGAACCUCAUGGAUUUUGUCAUGAAUUCUCUAUAUCUAGCGACAAUCUCUCUAAAGAUUGUAGCUUUCACAAAGUACAGUGAUUUCAAGCCCAGGAAUGAUUGGGAGAUGUGGCAUCCUACACUGGUAGCAGAGGCACUAUUCGCCAUUGCCAACAUCUUUAGUUCUCUGCGCUUGAUCUCACUUUUUACAGCUAACUCCCAUCUGGGACCGCUGCAAAUCUCUCUGGGUCGCAUGCUAUUGGACAUUCUUAAAUUCCUCUUUAUCUACUGCCUAGUGCUACUAGCCUUUGCAAAUGGCCUUAACCAGCUAUACUUUUAUUAUGAGACGGAUGCUUCAAACAAAACAGGGAAUUGCAAGGGAAUUCGUUGUGUACAACAGAAUAAUGCAUUCUCUACGUUAUUUGAAACCCUCCAGUCUUUGUUCUGGUCCAUAUUUGGCCUUAUCAGUCUGUAUGUGACCAAUGUAGACCCAGGACAUCAGUUCACAGAGUUUGUUGGAGCCACCAUGUUUGGAACCUAUAACAUUAUUUCUCUGGUAGUGCUUCUCAACAUGCUGAUUGCCAUGAUGAACAACUCCUAUCAGCAUAUUGCGGAUCAUGCUGACAUUGAGUGGAAGUUUGCUCGAACUAAAUUGUGGAUGAGCUACUUUGAAGAGGGAGGCACUUUGCCUACUCCAUUUAAUAUAAUCCCUAGCCCAAAGUCUGCAUGGUACCUGAUAAAGUGGAUCAGGCAUCACAUUUGCAAGCAGACGGGAUCCGAGAGAACUGAGACUUUUGGCACACUUAGUAGGAGAGCUGCAAGGAAUGUCCACAUCAAUCACCAGUAUCAGGAGGUUCUGCGAAACCUGGUAAAGCGGUAUGUGGCUGCAAUGAUUAGAGAUGCCAAGACAGAAGAAGGUCUUACAGAAGAGAAUUUCAAGGAGCUAAAACAGGACAUUUCUAGUUUCCGGUAUGAAGUUUUAGGAAUGAUGAAAGGAAAUAAACCAGGACUACAGCCGUCUAAAGGAAGUACAGGGGCCUCAAAUAUGGCCUAUUCUGACCAUCCAAUUAAGUCUUCAAAAGCUUCAAUUGGAGAAAAAACAAAAAACAAGCCUAAACUUUUCAGUGUCACUGCCUCUAUUCUUCAACAACAUUCAAAAGCAAAUUCAAAGAAUACAGAACACUGCCUGGCUAACGGGUCUGUCCCUACUGCAUCAGAAAUUAUUUCAUGCCACAGGACAAGUGAUUUCUCUGGAUUGUAUCACCAAAUCCGACAUAGGGGGACAAAUGAUCCAGGUAGGAUUUAUUCAGUGUGUGAAGAGGUUGGAGAGUCAGAUACAGAGGAACCAGGGGAGAAUAAGAAGAACGACAAUACUUCUGAGUUACCGAAUGUGAACAAGGCCAAUGAAACUGAAAUUGAUGGAAGAAGUGAUGAAACAAAACAAGUGGACAAAGAGACAGAGGAAAAAAACAGGUUUUCUGACAAACCAUGUAUAUGUGAUGGAGAUGUGAAUGACGAGAGUGGUGAAAAUGAUGAAGAAAUCAGCAAAUUAUAGUAGCCUACAGCCAUUAUGGGAAGGACAAUCAGACUCCAGUUAAGCCAAACUGUAGUAGCUUUUUUGUCUGAAUUGUUACAUAUUUCAAUUCCAUUUGUCUGUCAUAUUAGGAGUAUUCUAGGGAUUAGAUGCUGGUAGAUUGGCCACAAGAGGAUAUGUUGCCAGUAAUUUUUGUUCAUCAGUAGCCUUUGUUUGGCUUUAGGUUUUACCUUUGUUAACCAUAUCUAAGAUAUUAAAAUGUAUUUAUAUAGAGGAUCACCAUUAUUUAUUAUUUUUUUUUUUUUGUUACAUAUAAACAAUAAAAUUAUUUUCUUUGAAUAUAACAGCUUAUGAAGUUGGGAUCAGAGUGCAGGACCAGCCUGUAUAUCUCUCUACAAGUAUCUCUCUUGUAUAAAGAAUUAUCCAAAUAAAGUGUUACCAACACCUAGAGGCAGAAAAGGCCUCUUUAUUAACCGUAUUGGUAAAAGUCAAGUACUUGCCUAAGCUGACUCUGAAUAAAAAUGCUUCUGUAAAUACUGUUACUCAUUUUCAAGGAAAUCACCUUUCAAAAUUAAGUGGCCAACUCUGGAUAUGCCCUUGUCAUUAGCUGAGAGAUUUCAUGUCUCCAUACAGACUUCAAUAGUAUAUUACUAUGCAAAUAUUUUCAUUAAUCUUAUAGAGCGUCACACUUGGAAGACAGUCAUGAUAUUGUUUCAAACUGUUAUGAUAUUGGUUUUGCAUGAACAGACUGCAUGUAGAAUGGCAAAAUAAUAGUUUGGAAGAUAGAUCAUGUUCUUGGUUAAGCAUUUAAAUUUUUUGUGGCAUAUAUGCCAUAUACUUCAGUAUAAUGUAGCCUUUAAUAUCAGUUUGGUUGAGCUUGUCAUAUUUAACAUGUCUUUCAUGUGUUAUUAUUUAAAAUCAUUUUAACUUUUCACAACUGAAAAAACACAUUACAUUUUCAUUCUUAUAACAUACUGGUGAAUGUUUUGAAGCUGAGCUGUCUGUAGAUUUUAUUAUGUCAGUAUAAUGAACAUAGCAUACAUGUUUGCUUGAAGGGCCAGUGCUGUAUGCUGAAUAUUUAAAAACUGAAAAUAAAUUUUCAAAAUGUCCAUAUCUUCCCCGUUAUUAGGGCACCAUACAUCAAAGGUACGUAAGCAUCCUAUUGUUAUUUUAACUUCUUAUUUUUCUUCCUCUGGCUAGGGUGUCUAUGAAAAAAGUUUGACACAGAGGGAAAGGGUUUAACAAACAUUCUGAUAAAAAUUGAGCAAAGUGUUUCCAAUGCUCUUGUCAAUUUACCCCAAUCUUGGAAUUUUUUUGGUUAGUUUUCUUUUUUUUUUCUAGUUUGCCUGUAAUGGGUGAAUAAGCCUCCAAACAGGAAGUAAAGCUAUAUUUAAGUAAUGACUUUGUACCACUUGGCACUUUAAAGACCAUGAUUAGAGUUUAAGCAACAGAUUUUUAUAGCAGUUCCACCAGCUGAUCAAAAGCUACAAUAGCGUGCAAAAAAAAAUCAUAUCUAUCUGCCAUUUUUGCCUCUUCUCCAAUAUUUGUCGAAUCUUCAACAAAUUGUUGCUCUUGUAUGCCUGAUACUGGAUCAUUGUAGGCCACCUUUCCAUUGUGCACUGUAAAAAUAAAAAAAUUACAUAAGAA